GAGAGACUCAUUUAUUGUGUUGAUAUUUCUGUAUUGUAAUUUAUGUAUUACAAACAUUAUUAGGCCUAUUUUUAAUUUAUUUUUAAUCUAUGAUAAUAGUUGGUGUUGGAUAAAAGGCUUUGUAUAUUGUACAGGUCUAUUAUGACAAAUGUUGUAUUUAUUAUAAUUAUUAUUAUUUUGUAUUCCCGUGUCCAAAACUGAAAUAUUUCCUCCUAAUCAAAUACUUUCAUAUUAAAUCGUUGUGCGUCCAAAGUAAUCUGAACAUUUGGUAUUGAUAUCGCUUUAAUUUAACUGAUGGAUUUUAUAUGUUUUUAAACAGGGUGGAAACGUAUAGGUCUGUGUCUCCAUGUAGCCUACGACAUUUUACAAUCAAUUACAUCGAUGUUUUGUAUGAGCAAUUAGAACAAAUCCUAAGUAAAAGUUAAUAUUUCAUCAAGUAUAGCCGUUUAUGUGUAAUAGUUAUAUAGUUCCACUGUUCGCUUCACGUACACGGUAUAAUGGCUCACAGCUGAAAAAUACCUAUAUCGUUUUAUAGCGCAAAACAGUGAGGACAAAUCAUAUGUUCUGAAGUAUGGAAAAUCAUAGGCUAUCCGUCUCACAAUGUUAUCGCAGACUUUUACUUGCUGUCAACGCGAAAUGUAAUUUAACAAAAAACAAAAAAAAGAGUUUCACCAAAUGGCCAAAACAUGGAGAUUUUAUUUUAUUUUUUUAUUUGUUACAUUGCUGAAUAAAUCGUGAAAUACGUUCCCGACUACACCGAGUGUAUUUAGAAACAUACAUACAUGUUUUUCAUCUAUACCUUUAAUAAAACGUGGGACUUAUACGUUGAAUGUGUGUUUCGUAUCAAACAUAGUAUGUCCAGUCCUUACAUUUAGAUUACAUUUUAGAGUUAAACAUAGCGCUCCUUUGGCGAAACAUUUUAUGUGUCAUUCAUUUUAAGGUAUUUGGAAUUCAUCAAUACAAUUCUGAAGGCUUUAACUUAUAGACAACAAAAGCAUAGCACGCAUUUUAAUUAUUAAUAUAAUAUAAUAGAUGUUUAGCUAAUUAUAAGUCUCUAUUGUCAGUGGAUGACUCAUCCCAGAGAUAUCCUACUGGGCACAUACGUCUAUUCCUCGUUGGUUCAACGUAAUGUCGUUGAAAUGGCGUGGAAACAACGUUGAUUCAGCCAGUGUGCUCAGUGGGAUAUGACUCUGGACAAAACAAUAAAUGAUGUCAACAUUACUGAUAUCAAAACACAUAUUUCAAUAUUUUUUUGAAUUUGGCCCAUAGGCUAUACAUAGAUAGGACUAAAGAUUAAGAGAUGUCUUCACAAAAUUAAAUUCCAUUUAAUUUAUUCUGGUAUUUUCAAGAACAGAAUGGUGAAAUCGCCAAAGGCCAAUUUUCAGACAGAAACUAGGCGCACAUUGGCCUUUCCGAAUCCGUCUGAGAGGAUUAAGGCUUGGUUUCACAUCUCUGUACGGAAUAAAUACAACGAAAUCAGCUCACUAAUUUGUAACAAACAAUAAUUAAUCUCCAAUUGGUGUCUAUAAUACAGCACGGAAUAGUGGAAAUUCAAAAUAGAGCUAUAUGUCUACAACAUUUGAUCUUGAAGGGCAUUUUCAUGUGUAAUAUUCAAAUAUUGACUGUGGAACGUCAGGUGUGCAUAGCAUUAAUUUGUUGCAGACUGAGUUGGGUUGGGGAGCGCUUUGGUGCGUGUGUCUCAGCUCCAGCACGGUUUAAAAUGACCGGGUCUCUUCCCAGCUUGUGAUUGGUCCAUGACAAUCCUACCUACGCGCAAACAAAGUAACUGAACGUUGUAUGGGAGUGAUGGUACUCGGGGAAUUCAGACAUAACUUUGCAGAAGGAGAACAAACCCGCUUCUGAAAGAAUAUCCAACGGGUUCCACAUUUAUUGCCUGAAGUUAAAGGUUCUAAAUGUUUAUCAGAAUGAAGAAAUCUGAAGACGGUGGCAGUAAAGUAUCAUUUACCUCAGUUUCCAAUUUUACUAUUCAGUCAAUUCUUGGAACUGUGUCCGAGGACGCGCACAAGGACAGUUGUAAUUCUGUUUCCGACGCGGGGCUGCUGCAGAGACAACGCAUGCGCUCCGUGUCUUCAGAAGGAUUCAGCGGCGGGGAGGAUUCUACAGACUUCUACCCUUUACCUGGAGGAAAGAACCCACGCGAUGACCUCAACGAUCUCACACUUUCUUGUCUAAGUGACAAAAACAGACUAAUUCUGGGGCAAGAGAUGGUGAAGAGACAUCAACUUUUUCAUGAUUAUAAAGAAGGUGACCAGAGAUACUACAACCAAACAUCACCUGCUAUUUCAGAAGAAAAGGGUCAUAUUGACGACGACGAAACAUCCAACUCAUCAAGGAAGAAGUCUCGGACCGUAUUCUCGCGGAGUCAAGUUUACCAACUAGAAUCGACGUUUGACCUGAAACGUUACCUUAGCAGUACAGAACGAGCUAGUCUCGCCUCCAGUCUCCAGUUGACAGAGAUACAGGUGAAAACUUGGUUCCAGAAUCGGAGGAACAAGUGGAAACGUCUGCUUUCUGCGGAGAUAGAAGCGGUGAACAUGGCUCACGCGUCAUCCGCACAAACUCUGGUCGGGAUGCCGUUCUUCUUCAAAGAGAAUUUCCGGCUACGGAUUCCUGUCCCUGGAUCAAUGACUUUCCCUACACCUCUAUGUUAUCCCGGGAGCAACAUGCAAGCUUUACCUUUGUACAAUUUUUAUAAUAAAAUUGAAUAGAAUGAUUGCCAGAUUGUAAUUUAAUAAAUUAGACUACAAAAAGCAAACUAUUUAUAUUGCCAUUAUUAGGCUGUGCCAUAGGCCUAUUUUAUUACAACACACCGAAUCAUAAAUAACCUUACAAAACAAUGUCUACAUAUCCUUCCACUGCCUCCCAGUGUA